GUCGAUUCAUUCCCAUAAGACACAUCACCUGUCAUGAUCUCAUCCUCGACUACAAUUUGUGGAGAGUAAACGGAGAUAUUACUGUUACACAGUAAGGACUAUUGACUAAAGAUGGAGACUGCUGAGCUGGACACAGAUAAUGUUUUCCCAGCCUCAAACAACUGUAAACUCCAGGGAAAGAGAUCAGAAUCACCAGCACCCAGCUGUAUCUCCAUGAAGAGUGAUCGGUCUUUGUUAGAUCCUCUGGAUUUUAAAGAUGGAGAUUCCUCACUUCUACACAGUGUUCUACAGAAGACAGGAGACAGAACAGAAACAAUCAUCACAGAUACAGGGAACCACCCAGAAUCUGCUGCUGUAAAUGAAUUCCAGAAAAAGUUCAGAUUAAAUCUGAUGAAGAAGUUUCAGUGUUUGAAUGGAGUGAUAAUAAACCUGGGAACCCAAACCCUCCUGAAUGAGAUCUACACAGAGCUCUACAUCACAGAGGGAGACAGUGGAGAAGUCAAUAAUGAACAUGAGGUGAGACAGAUGGAGGCAGCGUCCAGGAGAACAACAACAGAGGAAACACCAAUCAAAUGUAAUGACAUCUUUAAGCCUUUAUCUGAACAAGACGAACCCAUCAGAACUGUGCUGACAAAGGGAGUCGCUGGCAUCGGAAAAACAGUCUCUGUGCAGAAGUUCAUUCUGGACUGGGCUGAAGGGAAAGCCAAUCAGGACGUCCACCUCAUAUUUCCACUUCCUUUCAGAGAACUGAAUUUGAUGAAGGACCAGAAACUGAGUCUGAUGGAGCUUCUUCAUGUCUGUUUUAAGGAAACAAAAGAAACAGAAAUGUCCAGUUUGGAAAAGGUUCUGUUCAUUUUUGACGGAUUGGAUGAGUGUCGUUUUCCUCUGGAUUUCCAGAACACAGUGAGAGUGUGUGAUGUAACUGAAUCAGCGUCAGUGCAGGAGCUGCUGAUAAACCUGAUCAAAGGGAAUCUGCUUCCCUCUGCUCUCAUCUGGAUCACCUCCCGACCAGCAGCAGCUGAUCAAAUCCCCUCUGAGUGUGUGCAUCGAGUCACAGAGGUACGAGGGUUCAGUGACCCACAGAAGGAGGAGUACUUCAGGAAGAGAAUCAGUGACCAGAGCCUGGCCAAUAACAUCAUCACACACCUGAAGUCAUUAAGAAGUCUCUACAUCAUGUGCCACAUCCCAGUCUUCUGCUGGAUUUCAGCCACUGUUCUAGAGAGAAUGUUGGGUGAAGCAGAGAGUGGAGAGAUCCCCAAGACUCUGACUCAAAUGUACACACACUUCCUCAUCAUUCAGACAAACAUCAUAAGAGAAAAAUACUCCAAGAAGCAGGAGAGUGAUGAAGAAAUGCUUCUUAAACUGGGACAACUGGCUUUUCAGCAGUUGAAGAAAGGGAACCUGAUCUUCUAUGAGGAAGACCUGAGAGAGUGUGGCAUUGAUGUGAGAGAAGCAGCAGUGUACUCAGGUGUGUGUACACAGAUCUUCAGAGAGGAGUUUGGGCUUCACCAGAGUAAAGUGUACUGCUUUGUUCAUCUGACCAUUCAGGAGCAUCUCGCAGCUCUGUAUGUGCACCUGACCUUCAUGAAGAAGAAGAGAAAUGUGCUUAUACAGAAUCAGGUCACUAAAGUGUGGAAAAAUCUAUAUAAGAUUUCAAUUUCAGAUGUACACAAGAGUGCUAUAGAUCAGACUUUAGAAAGUCAGACUGGACAUCUGGAUCUUUUCCUUCGCUUUCUUCUGGGUCUCUCACUGGAGUCCAAUCAGAAACUCUUACAUGCUUUAGUAACACAGACAGGAAGUAGCUCCCAGACCAUAGAGGAAACAGUUCAGUACAUUAAGAAGAAGAUCAGUGAAGGUCUUCCUACAGAGAAAUCCAUCAAUCUGUUCCACUGUCUGAAUGAACUGGGUGAUGAUUCUCUAGUGGAGGAAAUCCAACGCUACUUGAAAUCUGGAAAACAAAGUGACCUCUCUUCUUCACAGUGGUCUGCUCUGGUGUUUGUGUUACUGACAUCAGCACAGGAGCUGGAAGAAUUUGACCUGAGUAAAUAUUUCAGUACAGAUAAGAUAACAGAAACUGUUGUUCUGAAGAUGAUGCCUGUGAUUGCAGCAUCCAGAAAAGCAAUUAUCAGCUGUGAUUCACUUGGAGUGAAAAGUUGGUCAGCUCUGGACUCAGGGCUCAGAUCAGAAACCUCCAAUCUGAGAGAACUGCAUCUGACUGUGAAAACACUGGAUCUGUCCAGGAAUAAGCUAGGAGACUCAGGAGUGAAGAGUCUCUCUGCUGUACUGGAGAAUCCUCACUGUAAAGUGGAGACGCUGAGGUUGUAUAAGUGUGGUGUCUCAGAUGAAGGCUGUGCUGCUCUGACUUCAGCUCUGAGAUCAAACCCCUCACACCUGAGAGAACUGAAUCUGUCUGGUAAUAAUCUAGGAGUCUCAGAAGUGAAGAUUCUCUCUUUUGUACUGAAGAAUCCUCACUGUAAACUGCAGAGACUGGGGUUGUGUAAGUCUGGUGUCUCAGAUGAAGGCUGUGCUGCUCUGACUUCAGCUCUGAGAUCAAACCCCUCACACCUGAGAGAACUGGAUCUGUCCUUUAAUAAUCUAGGAGACUCAGGAGUGAAGAUUCUCUCUGCUGUACUGGAGAAUCCUCACUGUAAACUGGAGAUACUGAGGUUGUGGGAGUGUGGUGUCUCAGAUGAAGGCUGUGCUGCUCUGACUUCAGCUCUGAGAUCAAACCCCUCACACCUGAGAGAACUGAAUCUGUCCUGGAAUAAUCUAGGAGACUCAGGAGUGAAGAGUCUCUCUGCUCUACUGGAGAAUCCUCACUGUAAACUGGAGAAACUGGGGUUGUGUAAGUGUGGUGUCUCAGAUGAAGGCUGUGCUGCUCUGACUUCAGCUCUGAGAUCAAACCCCUCACACCUGAGAGACCUGAAUCUGAACGCUAAUAGUCUAGGAGACUCAGGAGUGAAGAGUCUCUCUGCUGUACUGGAGAAUCCUCACUGUAAACUGGAAACACUGUGGUUGUGUAAGUGUGGUAUCUCAGAUGAAGGCUGUGUUGCUCUGACUUCAGCUCUGAGAUCAAACCCCUCACACCUGAGAGAAUUGGAUCUGUCCAAUAAUAAUCUAGGAGACUCAGGAAAGAAGCUGCUCUCUGCUCUUAAGGAUGAUGAACAUUACAAACUACAGACUCUGAUAUUCAGGCUGUAAUGAAUAUCUGUGUGUGAUGAAGAAUCCAGUGUUCCUGCAUGUUGGGGAAUAGAGAAGAUGUUUAUAUACACAUCACUCAUUUACUUAUGACAUAUUGAACUGAAUAAAAGUCUACUGACAUCAGUCGUGCUUCUCCAAAUAAAUGAAUGGACCAGAACUAACUCUUGUAUAGUUUAGUGUUGAUGGUUUAUGCGAUUUCUCUGUUUAUUAUUUGUUUAGUUUUGUAAUAUGUUUUUAUAUUUGUAUACCUUCAUAGUGUACAUUUACUGACCACUUCAUUAGGAAUGGCUGUUCAUCUGCACAGUAGUGCCAUUAUCUAAUCAGCCAAUCUUCUGGCAGCAGCACAAUAUAAAUAAUCAUGCAUAAACAGCUGAAGAGCUUCAGUUUAAUGUUCACAACAUAAAUAAUAAAGAAAAAGUUUGAGUUCUGUGACUAACUGUGGCAUGGUUGUUGGUGGCAGAUGUCAGAGUUAGCAGGAUAGUCAAAUAUAUUCCUAAACCUAAAAGAUUUCCAAAGAUUGAGGCUCUUCACGACUUUCCAUAGCUCUGCAGUCCAAAUCAGUGUUCUCCCAGUCAGUAAGACAAAUCUAGAACUUCCUCAGUGUGCAGCAGUUACACAGCACAUGUGUGUUUCAUGGGUAUUUAGCAAAUAAACUAAAAAAGCAAAAACAAUUCAUACACAUGAAAGACAUGUUAGGCAUUCAAAGCUCAGAAACACCACCAUUAAACAGUUAUGACACCGCACUCUUGUCUAACAGGGAUUUAAACAGAGACUUAUUGCAGUUUAUAGCAAACAGGUUUGCAGGCAUUGAACAACAGUAUGUUAACUGCAGCCACAACAGUAAAGAAAGUUAAGCAUAGACACAGUUUAGUAAUAUAAUUAAUUUUAAUAUUAAUGCCAUUAUUCUUAGUAUAUUUAUCAGAUUUUUACAACCAAUAAAAUUUAUUUUAAAGCAAACAUGAAUGAUUUGGGAGGCUCUUAUUGCUGAGUUAAUCUGAUCUGUUUGAUUCACUGUAAAGACAUGGAUGUGACACAAGUUUACAUUUUUAUAGACACACUUAAAAUUAGAUUUCUGCUUACUCUAUUGAUAUCAAUUCAUAAAUAUACAAAUAAGUGGGAAGGAAGUGAGAGUGGUCUAGUGAAAGGUUAUUUUAAUGUGACCCUACUACUAUGCCCUGGAAACAUGACCUGGAAAACACUGGGCUACUGCAAUAUAGGGUCAUUUUUUCAAUUUUCAACAAAUAACAAUUGUAGAUGAUUCCUUUAAUAAUCUCCUGAAUUAGAUUUCACUGUUUAAAAACACAACAACCACAACAACUACAGCUUUUACAAAUCAAGAAACUGUUAUUUGCUUUUGACAAAAAUCCAUCAAAUGAUACUUUGGUGUUUGGCUUUGUUACUCUUCAGAAAUGUAACAAAGUAUGGACAAAAUGGUAUAUUCAUGUUAAUGUUACAAAAAACCUGAUCAAGGCCCAUGCUGUCCUCU